UGUACAACUGUAAAAUUUUUUAUUUCGAAAAAAUAACUUCCUUUGAAAGUCGGUCGGCAGCGGUCGGCAGUGUCAAUACAGAACGUAUUCAAUCAAUGUGAGGGAAAAUGGCGAAGGAUGAAAAGCUUGGUAAAUGGGUAGAGGCGAUGACACCACGUCAUGCAAUUGAAAACUUCUUUGAUCAUGCAACACUAGUUGAUUCACCCAAUCCCGAAGAGCUGUACAAGUCUUCCCCGAAUUCAGCUCUCACAGAAAUUCCAGAAUCCACACCUUUAGCUGGAAGUUCUCAAAGCAGCCAGAGAAGUGGUUGGAAAAGAAAGUCUGACCAUGAAGAGCAAUAUCAUGGAAAUGGUUCUAAAAGAAUUAAUGCUGAAGAGAUUGAAAUGUCUUUGAGUGAUUCCGUUUCUGACACAGUUGCAUUUCCUUCCAAGCUAGAAAGUCCUCAUCUGGUUAUUCCACAAAAGACAGAAUUAAAAAUCAAGAAAAGGAUGUCAGUUAGUGCAUUCACAAAAGCAAUUCAAAGUCAAGAGCCACAAGAAAGCAAUGUUACGAUGAAUGAAUCUAGUAUUGCUUCUGCAUUAGGAAGCCCAGAUGAUACACUUUCUCACCACCCAAGGAGAUUGGAGAAUCAUACAUCUGUAUCAGAUUUUGCAGAAACUCUAGGGAAGAAAGUCAUGAAAACAAUUAUUAAAGAUGAUUCAUCAAGCAUGGAAAAUGCUAGUGUUUUGUCCCAUCUAGACAGCCCCGAGCAUAUCAGCUAUAAAAAGCGUGGAACUGGCGUAGAAAAGAAACGGGCCUCGUCUACGGGCUUCAAAAGCAUUUUGAAUAAACGUUCGUUACAUAAAGAUAACCUGUCAGAAGAUGAAUCAACGGACCACUCAAUUACAUCAUCUACAAUCCUUACGGAACGGCAUGCGAAAAGCCCGCGAAUGUCCCCGGCCUUUGAACCGAUGCCUUCUAUCCCCUUAGAAGUCCACUCGCAGAUAGAGAAAACGCCCUCUAAAAUUCGAUCUGAUGCUCCUUCAUCUAACAGUGAUUCUGAAUUGUACGAAGGCAUGCCAGACUUGGAAUCCCCAGAUGAUUUCUCACCUCCUGGUUCAACUAUCGAGGUCCUCAACAGUAAGUCGUCAGAGCUGCUAGAAGUUACAAAGCAUUCUCAGAUUUCAAUAAGAGAAAAAAACGAAACAAUCCAGUCCAGUCCGUUUGUUUCGCAAAACGAGAAAAGUUUUGCCUCAGGCAACGUUAGCAAUUCAACUUCUGAUGUCCCUUCAGUAUUGGGCAGUCCACAGGAAUAUAAAGAAUAUCACCGACCCGGACAUAUGCCCUCGAAGAAAAAAGUUUCUGCAACUGGAUUCUUGGCCACCCUCAGCCAGACCGUUAAUUUUCAGUCGCGGAAGUCUCCGAAUAGGUUGCCUACAUCGAAGUAUUCUAAACGGACAUCAAUAGGAAAUGCCUCAGAAAAAACUGACGAAGAUCUGCGUCGGAACACUCCUUCGCCUCUGCUCGAGCAAUUGGGAAGGGUUACACGUAGCUCUAGCCAAGCCUUCGAUAUAACGCUUGUUUCUCCGGAAACAAGCGCUAGGAAAACCCGUACCCUAGAAUCGAAUCGCAGUGACUCAGACGAUUCUGCUCGUCAAUUGGUGAACAAAAAUCCAACGGCAUUAGUCAUGGAAAUGGAUGAAAUGCCGCAAAAUUCAAGUCAAACUUCCUUGAUUGAAGAUGAUUUCUCACCUCCUGGUUCAACUAUCCAGGUCAUCAAUAGAAAGUCUUCAGAGUUGCUAGAUGUUGCAAAGCACUCACCGAUUUCAAUUAGAGAAAAAAACGAAACAAAUCAGUCCAUUCCACGUGUUUUGCAAAACGAGAAAAGUUUUGCCUCAGGCAGCGUUAGCAAUUCAACUUCUGAUGUCCCUUCAGUAUUGGAUAGUCCACAGGAAUAUAAAGAAUAUCUCCGACCCGGGCAUAUGCCCUCGAAGAAAAAAAUUUCUUCAUCUGGAUUCUUGGCCACCGUCAGCCAGACAGUUGACUUUCAGUCGCGAAAGUCCCCGAUUAGAUCGUUUACAUCGGCUUCUGAACGGACAUCAAAAGGAAAUGACUCAGAAGAAACCGGUGAACUUCUGCGUCGGAACACUCCUUCGCCUCUGCCCGAGAAAUUAGGAAGGGUUACACGUAGCUCUAGCCAAGCCUUCGAUAAAGCGUUUGUUUCUCCGAAAACAAGCGCUAGGAAAACCCCUACCCUAAAAUCGAAACGAAGGGACACAAACGAGUCAGCUCAUCAAUUGGUGAACAAGAGUCCUACGGAAUCAGUCAUGGAAAUGGAUGAAAUGCCACAAAAUUCCAGACGAAAUUCCAAGAGAUCAUCGAAGGCAGCUUUUAAGAUAAUCGAACAUACGCAAGCAGAAGGAAGUCAUUCGGAUAAAGCAGUUGGUAUCCCGUUGAACGUAACCCCAUCAAAACUUACUAAUGAAAUGCGACAAGGAUCGAGCAGUUCUAGCCGAAUCGCCAACAUAUCAUCAGUAACAUCAAACCCUAGCCCGAAGAAUAUCCCACAUCCAGAAUUAGAUGACCAAGUAACAAAGGAUUCUGAAGAUAUCUUGCCAAUGCAGAUAAAAAAAUCAUUGUCCUUGUUCGAAAUCGCCUCGCCUAUUUUAGCACCAGUCGAAGCUAGAGUCUCUUCCGCUUCGUUAUCGCCCAAAAGACGCACGCGAAAAUCUCUUAAUUUUAGCACUCCAACUAUCAAAGACAGUACCCCAGCAACCCCAGCUACAGAAGAUGGUCUACCACCCAUCGACGAAGUCAUUGAAGAAACUCCCCCGACUGAUCUUGAUUCAAUGGAAGAAGACGCUUUCGAAGAUGAGCGCCCUAUUGGGGGAAUAGAAAAGGAAGUUGAAGCAGAAGACGGCCAUCCGACUCCGAAAACAGUAACACGUUCUUCUCGUGAACUUAAUCAGUUAACUCGCAAGUCCAACAGCUUGCAAAUGACUUCAACUAAUCGAUACCCUGCCUUGAAGAAUUCCACUAUAGUAGCAGGAGGGAGUGCAUUUGCCGGAGUUACACUCAGCAUGUCACCUAUUGUACCAGACAAACAAGGUGCCCCUUUGCGUGUACCCCCAUCUCCAAGACCUACCACACCAGAGUCGCCAAAAACAGUGGCACAGUUUAGUGCUAAAGAUAAAUCAACUCCGCCAAAGAAUCUUCCUAAAGUCUCUUCGCAUCCGUCAACUCCUGCCCCUUUUGCUAGAAAACGAACACGCUCCUUGACACAGAGUCCAAUGUAUAUGAAUGUCAUGAAAUCGUCCAUGCAAAAAGUCAUCAGCAAGACCGUUAAAGAUCAACAGCUAUUGGUUCCUACUGUUGCAUCUACGUCUGCAGACAAAAAUGUCACUACUCCCAAACCACUCUCAUCCGUCAAGGGACUGAGCCUUUCGAAUUCCAAAAAAGGGAAAUCGAUAGCUUUGUCGGCAUUUGAUGAAGUGCAUGAAUCUUCUGAUACGGAAUGGGAAGACAUGGAAGAAAAUAUAAAGCCCAAACCAGCCUGCAUUAAAAUUGCAUUCGAGGAAAUACCAGAUAGAUCCAAGGAUUUCGUACCAUUUGAAGAACGGCUGAUGGCAGAUCCAGUCUUUCAAGCAAAGGUGAGUAGACAACGGACAAAAUUGGCUGCCCAAAAAGCGGCUGAGGAGGCAGUAGCAGCAGCAGCAAAAAAAACGACCUAUAAGAGAAAACAGCGCGUUAUCAAGAAGAAAGAAGAAGAUAACAUAGCGAGUGUUGCGACCAACAAAGGCAACUUCCGCUUCUAUGCACGCGCUAAGGUGACUAAAGAUGCUUUGGAAGUUGUUCACGGAUUGGUUGGUGAAUGGUUUGACUUCACCCUUCGUCAAAUAGAAAAGUAUUGCAUUGAUGAAGGUAAAGCGUCCUUGGACACUUGGCAAGACUGCUACAAAGUUAUGAAAAGGCAGGGCCUGGCUAAAAAUUAUGCAGAAUACGCUGGUCUGUGCCAUGACUUACUCAUGAAUGAUGAAUGCGAAGAACUUCUCCCUACCCGCCCCCCACCUGAAUAUGCCGAAUGGAAACGCGAAGCCCAAAAACGAAACAAAUGACUUGGUCGCUGGGUUGUUUGUUUUUUUAUAUUCAUUUUUCAUCCGAACCGUUUUGUUUUCUUUGUUACCAUUCCUUAAUGAUCAGGGAAACAGUUCGCCAUUUGGUACGUAGAUCCGUUCGUAUUUUAAGCUACGUUCAUUGUUCAAGUAUUUCGUAUUUCCUAAAUUCAGGUCUAAUUUUGAUAGGUAGCUCUAGCCGAGGGAGCUUUCCUGUUCCGAGCGUUUAUUUUAUUUUAUUUUUAGUUGAACACAGAAAUACAAAAUCAGAAGACAA